AACCAGACGAGGCUUCAUCAUCGCCAUCAAACCCAGUCUAGGACGGACUAUCCCACUCAUACCAUUUGAGUCCAUUCCUCUAACCUGAUAAUGCUAUGAUCAGGUUCCUCCGCUCCGCAAUGACUUCGCUCACUUCUACCCCCCGCGUUCCUAUCCCCGCCAACGGGGUCGACUACCGUGGCAAGGUCGUUCUCGCGCCGAUGGUUCGAUCGGGCGAGCUGCCAUCGCGUCUUCUCGCUCUCAAGUAUGGUGCAGACCUUGUCUGGGGCCCCGAAACAGUCGACCGAUCUCUUAUAGGCGCCUCCCGCCGAGUGAACCCCCGCAAUGGGACUAUCGAAUUCACGAGAACCCCCUCCAACGGUGGCCGCCCCGACAAGCCAGCCCAAGAAUCGAUCCUCUACCGCAUCGACCCUGUUCGCGAAAAGGGCAAGUUGAUCUUCCAAAUCGGCACCGCCACCCCUGAAUAUGCCGUCGAAGCAUCCAAGAUGGUUGCGGGUGAUGUGGCAGGCAUUGAUGUGAACUCGGGAUGUCCUAAACCGUUCAGUACAAGUGGUGGAAUGGGUGCUGCUCUCCUGCGUGACCCCGACAGGCUGGUCUCUAUCCUCGAGGCCCUUGUUCGUGAUGUCGGCAAGCCCUAUGAAAUCGGUAUCUCUGUCAAGAUUCGCAUCCUCGAUACACCCGAGAAGACAGAGAGUUUGGUCACUAGGCUCGUCGCCACGGGAAUCACUGGCUUGACAGUCCACUGCCGUACAACUCCUAUGCGCCCUCGUGAGCGUGCCAUUCGCGACCAACUACGGAUGGUAGCCACUAUUUGCCGGAACGCCGGCGUUGCUUGCGUCAUGAAUGGUGACGUUACUUCUCGCGACCAAGCACUUGCUCUGAUGGAAGAAUACGGUGCGGAUGGUGCUAUGAUUGCAACAGCCGCAGAACAGAACCCUUCGUGCUUCCGAAGUGGAGCAGAGGGUGGUUUGCUUCCUUUUACUGAGGUGUGCCACGCCUACCUCCAGUCAUGUAUUGAAGCCGAAAAUCGAUUCGGCAACAGCAAGUACCUCCUCAACAUCAUGAUCCCGGGCAAGAAUAGGGAAGCCAGUAAGGCCAAGAUGGCGAAGAACUAUUACGACUACUGCCGCUACCUGCAAUACGAUGACCUUUUGCCCGCUGCGCUCAAGGCCGAUGAAAUCCUCAACCUCAGCGACAAAUCCGUUUUCCAGAAGGAAGAGGGUGGCGACAAGCGCAGCAAGGCUGUCCAAAACGCCAUUGAAAACAAUGAGUCUGCCCGAGCUGCCAGCGGCGCUUCACGCACCAAGCAAACCUCUCCCUCCGUCAGCGGAGCAGGCCCAAUCCGCACCAACUCCAUCCCAACGCCUACUCAGAAGCCAACCCCCGAAGAAAACGGAGUUGAUGUGUCUGUGCCAGCUCCACAGGCUCAAAAGCAGGAACUUGCUGCUUAAACGCCUUGCUUCCUUUCUCUUCCGUGAUACCUUAAUUCUGUCUUUCCCCAUGUUUCUUCCUUUUCCUGUCGAUAUAUAAGAUCGGCCUUUUCCCCCUAUCUCCCCUCGUAUUUUGCUGUUCUGCAUAGCCUGGUUAUUUGUUUUGGUUCGCAUAUUAUGGUGUUGAAAAUAUUUGAUUUGCUAUAUCCGGUUCUGUUUAUAGAUUCCCAAGAAAAGACGGCUUUAAGAGAAAAAUCUUAUUCGUUUAAUAUAGAGAAAUAGUUAACAGGCUAUUUAACCUUACCCUUGACUACACUUACCAUCUUAUUCAACUCAAGAGAAUAGACGUUUGAAUAUCUCAUCAAACGAUACCCCAACUAUAGAAGUACUAGCA